AUGCUUUUCGCAGAGUAUCAAUAUGCAGGCAUUGCGCAACCGGCACAGGCUCCAACGUAUCCCCAGUUUGCGCAAUAUCCUGGCGCAGGUGGGGAUCAGAGUGCACAAUUUCUGCAAGGGUACGCUCUUGCACAAGGCAAUCCUGCUGCCGUUUUUGGGGGACCAUCGUUUGGUCAAACUCCUUAUCCACAGGGAGCUGCCGCUGUGCCUGUUCCUCAGCUGGGAGCUCAGCUGAGUGCUAGUGGUCUCGGUGCUGGUUUUCCCUAUGGUGACUAUUCUCAAUUCAAUCCUUACGGUCAAAAUGCCGGUGUUGGAAUGCCAGCCUCUAUAAAUGACGUCCAGCAGUUUGGUCAGUUGCUUCCGAAUGCUCUCAACCAGUCUGCUGCUCGAAAUAUUUACGAAGCUAUUGCUCAAGAGCAGGGUUUGGCUGGAUUCAAUGCUGCAGCCUUUAUGCAAGACACUACAAGCGCUAUAGGUCGUCUUGGGGGUUUUUCUGGAAAGGGAUUUGGUACGAACCAAAGAGCUGGCAUGAACAAAUAUGAGAAUGGUAGUCGACCCAGCAAUUUACCCAGCGUUACUAAUCGUAAGCCGGUCUCCUUCUAUAAUUUCCUCCUAGCUGAUGGUCUGCGUGAGGAUACUGUGUUUGUUAGCAAGCUUCCUCAAAAUAUCGAUCACGAAGUUAUGAAGUCUCAUUUUGGUACGAUUGGAAAAAUUAAGAUGAAUGCCAAGACAGGAAUGCCCAUGAUAUGGAUAUUUAAAGAACGCGGCAUUCCCAAAGGUGAUGCAUUGGUCACUUUUGAGGAUCCUCAGUGUGUGCAAAAGGCAAUCAAAUGGUUUUCGGAAAAUGAGUUUCUCGGGAAGAAAAUAGAGGUUAAACAGGCUAAGAAUAGCCAGAGACCUGUCAUUAUUCCAAGCGGAGGUGGGGGUCAGCAACACAACAAUUCCGGCUCGGUACCUAGUCGGGUUGGCAGUUUGAAUCAACUGCCUGCCGGUUCUCCUGGUGUGACUGUAUUUGCGAACGCGGACCGACAGGUCGAUGUGUACGGGGCGCAAUUCGACCCCAGGAAUGAUGGCCCCUUGCAGUCACGCGGUGGGAGUAGCAGACCUCCGGUAAAUGCAGGAGGAAUGCGUGCCAUUGGUGGUCCGGGGAUUAAUAGAGUUGGUGAUUGGUGCUGCCAGUCCUGCGGCCGGAUUAACUUUGCCGGACGCGACCAGUGCAAGCCCUGUGGCGCACCACGUCCGGACGACGGCAUGAUGAUGUCGAGGCCUCCACAACGUGGUUCCUUGUACCCACCGCACCAGAUUCCGGGAGUGCCGACGGCUAACGGAGGGCCAAUGAUGGCUCCCGGUGGUCCACCACCACCACCACUGCCACAUCGAGGCGGUCCAAUGAUGCCACCACCACCGGGAGUUCGAAGUGGAACGGUCCCUCCAAUGAACGGAGGUCGGGGUGGCAGUACUGGACUGUCGCUGCGUGGCGGGAGAGGUGGAGGUCCCAUGCGCGGCAGCUCUAUUAGCGCUGGUCGUAGCAUGCGUACGACUCCAUACUGA